AUGAAGACCAAGAACAAGUCCAUUGAGGUUGAAGCAUCUGAUGAAGGUUCUCGUCAGCCGAAGAUCACACGUGUAAAGCCUACGAAAAGUAAGUCUUCAGUGGCUACCUCAAGCUCAAAAAAAUGGACGCCAGCAAAACAAUUCUCGGGUCCUACGGGUAGUGGGGUGUUUGGUGUACGUGUGUUCAUAACGAAGGACCGAAAUCCUUGUUCACCCUUGCUUCACGUAGAAUUGGAGGAACAUAUCUCGUUCAAGCUUACUUUAAAACAAAUAAGAGGGUGUGGAAACAAUGCCAAGUGUGCUACAUGGUAUAACACAGCAAUGCAAGACACACUGAAAGCGAAGGUCAAAGAAGUUGGCUUUUUUCCCUUUGUGUCAAUAUUGAGGCAUGGAAAGAAAAGGGAUAGGCCACUUGUGGCCUUAGCUGAGAGAUGGUGGGACACUACCCACACAUUCCACUUCGAUGAAGUUGGAGAGAUGACAAUGACAUCCAUGAACUUCGCAGCAAUCACAGGAUUGCGUGUUGGUGGGAAGCGACUAAGGUACGACUUGUAG